AGUCCUGCACAGGUGUGCCGGCUCCUCCCCUUCAGUCCUGCACAGGUGUGCCGGCUCCUCCCCUUCAGUCAUGCACAGGUGUGCCAGCUCCUCCCCUUCAGUCCUGCACAGGUGUGCCGGCUCCUCCCCUUCAGUCAUGCACAGGUGUGCUGGCUCCUCCCCUUCAGUCAUGCACAGGUGUGCCAGCUCCUCCCCUUCAGUCCUGCACAGGUGUGCCAACUCCUCCCAUUCAGUCUCGCACAGGUGUACCGGCUCCUCCCCUUCAGUCCUGCAAAGGUGUGCUGGCUCCUCCCAUUCAGUCCUGCACAAGUGUGCCGACUCCUCCCAUUCAGUCCUGCACAAGUGUGCCGACUCCUCCCAUUCAGUCCUGCACAGGUGUAUGAGCUCCUCCCCUCCAGUCUUUUUCUGGUGUAUUGGCUCCUCCUCUUCAGUCUUGCACAAGUGUACCAGCUCCUCCCCUCCAGUCUUGCACAGGUGUACCAGCUCCUCCCCUCCA